CAUAACCUCCCUCAUUCCGGCUAACUUUGACCCGGCGUGAAUUCUUAUUGACUUCCUCUAAACUCUACGUAUCCGAUCACCGUUGCAAAUCUACAACAACAAUCGCAGAUCGGAUUCGAUUAUAUCAACGGAAAUCACAUCAAAUUACAUCCCUCUUCAUUGCAAUGUGUUAUGUUUGUGUGUGAAUUUGAAUGAAAUAUGGAUUCGAUGUCGAUCCGUGUGCCCUAUAAAAACUUCAAGCAUGAUGCUGAUGACAAUGCGGAGGUUGAAAUGAUGAAAUUUGAAGAAGAAGCUAAUCGACGCUUUGAAUCCGAUAAUUCUAAUAUAUUUUCUAAUGGAAAUGCCUCAAGUUCUUCUUCUCCGUCGCAAGGACCACCGAUCAAGAACUGUAGCUUGAUUACGUUGGUUUUGAGCUGUACCGUCGCUGCCGGUGUUCAAUUUGGUUGGGCCUUGCAACUCUCGCUUCUUACUCCUUACAUUCAGACACUUGGAAUUGGGCAUGCAUUCUCCUCGUUUAUCUGGCUUUGUGGUCCUAUUACAGGUCUUGUGGUUCAACCUUGUGUUGGUAUUUGGAGUGACAAAUGCUCUUCGAAAUUUGGCAGAAGAAGACCAUUUAUUUUGCUUGGAUCUCUCAUGAUAUCACUUGCUGUGAUAAUUAUCGGGUUUUCUGCAGACAUUGGAUACUUGAUUGGAGAUACGAAAGAACACUGCAGCACGUUCAAAGGUACACGGACAAGGGCCGCUUUUGUGUUCAUCUUAGGAUUUUGGAUGCUUGACCUUGCUAAUAACACUGUUCAGGGCCCUGCCAGAGCUCUUCUGGCUGAUUUAGCAGGCCCUGAUCAGAGAAACUCAGCAAAUGCUAUAUUUUGCUCAUGGAUGGCAAUAGGAAACAUUUUAGGAUUUUCAUCUGGUUCUAGUGGAAAGUGGCACAGAUGGUUUCCUUUCUUGACAAAUAGAGCUUGUUGUGAGGCAUGUGGAAAUUUGAAGGCAGCCUUUUUAGUUGCAGUGCUUUUUCUUACUUUUUGCACAAUGGUGACACUCUACUUUGCAAAGGAGGUUCCAUUAGUGCCAAAGCAGCAUCUCAGGUUAUCAGAUGCUGCUCCUCUUCUAGGCGGUACUCAGCAGCAUGUUCUUGACCACUCAGAAUCAAAACCUCGGAAAAAUGCUGUUGAUCACAAAGUGGGUGUCAUGUCUGAGAGUGUUUUUGAGAUGGAUAAUAGUGUGAGGAAUGAAGACUUAAUACUUAAGGAAGAACAAGUCGAGAGUUUUAGUGAAAGUCCUGGAGCGGUCCUGGUUAACUUGUUGACCAGCUUAAGGCAUUUGCCAGUAGGGAUGCAUUCAGUGCUUGCCGUAAUGGCUCUUACAUGGUUGUCCUGGUUUCCCUUUUUUCUUUUUGAUACAGAUUGGAUGGGUAGAGAGGUUUAUCACGGGGACCCAAAGGGGGAUGCUGCUGAAAUCAGUGCUUAUGAUGAUGGUGUCAGAGAAGGUGCAUUUGGUUUGCUAUUGAAUUCAGUUGUUCUUGGUAUCAGUUCCUUCUUCAUUGAACCAAUGUGUCAGUGGAUAGGUUCAAAAUUCGUGUGGGCAGUAAGCAAUUUUAUUGUGUUUGCCUGCAUGGCGGGCACUGCCAUCAUUACCUUAAUCUCUCUUGAAGAAUCUCGAGGAAUUGACAAUGCUCUAGGAGGAAAUGAGGCCAUCAAGACUGCUUCCUUGGUUGUUUUUGCCAUUUUGGGCCUUCCUCUUGCUAUAACUUACAGUGUUCCCUUCUCUGUCACGGCAGAUUUAACUGCUGAUACAGGAGGUGGCCAAGGAUUGGCAAUUGGAGUUUUGAAUCUUGCAAUCGUAGUACCGCAGAUGAUUGUGUCACUUGGUGCGGGACCAUGGGAUGCAUUAUUUGGUGGAGGGAACGUACCAGCAUUUGUUCUUGCUUCUUUAAGUGCCCUCGCUGCUGGCAUUAUCGCAACUAUAAAGCUUCCAACUCCAAGCAAUUCCUACAAACCAACAGGUUUCCAUUUUGGAUGACCAAUUUCCCUCCCUCAGCAAGACAACCCUACCAACUUGUACAUAAUAACUACAACUGGCACUACACAAGUCCCAUGAAACUACUACACAUGUUUUUCCCAAUAGUUAGCUCCAGAUUUGAUGUUCAAAUCCUUCAAUCUGUACCUUAAUACCAGAAAAUGCUAAUGGUAUAGCUUUAGGAUAGCCGGUGAAUAUCUUUGUUUCCUUUUCUUGUUACAUCUAAAGUAAACCCAUACCC